AUGGGCGAUUUUGUACUAAAGCUUGACCCUAGCGAACGAAUUACCUACGUCGGGAAGAAGCUCGGAGAAGAACCCUGUCCGACAACCCUAAAAAUUACGAAUCCCACUUCGGAUCGACAGGCGUGCAAAGUGAAAUGCACCUCAAAUGAAAUGUUCCGUAUCCGUCCUCCCGUCUUUGCACUGAAGCCUGGUGAAGAGACUGUCGUCAAGUUAACUUUCAAUGCGGGAAAAACAGUACCCGACAGUGGGAAGCAUUACUUUGCUGUAUAUUAUAUAAAGGCGACCGACGAAAAUAAGGCACCAAGGGCGUGCUGGUCAGACCACAAAGGAGAUCCAAAUGGAACAAAAAGGUAUUUGGAUUUUCAAAUCCAGAGAAGUGAUACAUUGCAGAAAGAAGAUAAGAAGGAAGAAGAGAAGAAAGAGGAUGAAAAGAAGGAGGAAAAGAAGGAGGAUGAAAAGAAGGAAGAGGAAAAGAAAUGA